AUGAUCUUUUCUCCACAUGGCCCCUUUCAAGUUGUGGCACUUUGGCAUUAUGCUGCCAAGUGGCUACUUGUUAAUUUUCAGCUCAAUUAGAAAAUAUUUGGACCCUCAAAUAUUUUCUUUUCUCUUCUUCUUCCUCUCCAUUUUUUUAUUUUCUAAAUAAUGGAGAUAAGUUCAACAAUCUCCAACUGGGCCGGCCUCCCUGACCCAACCCUCCUAAGGCCCAGCCGCUGGCCUCCUCUUAACCUAGCCCGAUCCCACUUCUCUCCCUCGGUCCCUCCUCCAGCGCCGCCACCCCGUUCCCAAUCCCCACUCGCUCGCCACAGCUCUCUCGAUCCCCCUCGUCCUCCUUCCGAUUGCGUCACCAGGGGAAGCCUCGGCUCCAUCCCAAUCCUCCUCCACCCCGCGCCCGAUCUCGCUCUUCCUUGCGCCCUCCGGCGAGCUCGCCCCCCCGCGCCUUCUUCUCUUGCCGCAGCCGCCGUGACCCCGCCGUCGUCGCGCCCUUCUGCCGCUGCUCUGCUGCGGCCCCUCCAUGUCGCCCGCUCCUCUGCUCGAGGGCCUCCCCGUUCGAUGUGUCGUCGCGAGCUCCUUCUGCUCCCACUGUUCCCUGUCUCCAUCGUCUGCAUCGCCUCCACGGCUCCUCCGCACCACCAGGAACCGCGCGCCGCUACGGCGAUCCAGCCCGCCGGCGACCUCGACCCUUCCAGGGUCUCCCUAGCCUCUCGACCCACCGCUACAGUGGUCCGGCGCCCCAGGCUCGUCAGCGCCCGUGCCUCCUCCUCCCUCCUUUCGGCCUGCACCACCGGCCAUCUUCUCCUGCUGCCUCAGCAGCCCCUUCACGGCCAACUCCUACGAGACCUCCACCUCCUUGCUGCCCGAUGGGGCUUGUUUUUCCCCUCUUGUGGCCGCCAAGAACCGGCAACCAGGGAUGUCAAGGACGCCUUCAUGGUUUCUUUCGCCAAGUGCCGACGCCCGCAGAUUUUGGGACACGCCAAGUCCCACUUAAAGAUGUUCCACUUCAUCCGAUGUGGAUUUCGACAAGUACCACAAUGCUCGGAUCCCUCAGAUACGUCAAGGUUGACUACACUACGGGACGAAGAACGCCAAGUACCUCUCCGAAAACGAACGUGUACCACUACGUCCGGAGGCAUCGGAUCCGUCAAGUCCGAAGACCCAAGUACCAUGACGCCAAGUACCAGGACGACGAGGACCGCCAAGUUCGUCUUCCGCCGUCUUCGAAAUCGUCAAGUACCGCUAUGAGAUGUGCAACUACUUCCACUACGAAACGAGAACAACUACUUCCACUACCGUCGCCGUGGACGACUACUUCCUCUACUUCCUCUACGAACCCGAACCGCUCCGAGAAUGCACCUGGAAGCUUGCAGGUGACGAUGAGUCCGUGCAUAUGACGCAACCAAGCUCAGGAGGAGCUCGAUGGAGAUCUUGUCCUUUGUGUUGUUCCGUUCUAG